AUGGCACCACCGCAGGAUUCAUCCUCCGCGUCCGCAGGAGGCAAGGCCGCGAGCCAAGCGACCGACGCUGCGGGAGCGGCACUCAUCGCCGAUAUAGACAGCAAAGAGUGGACUGUUCCUGAGCUCCAGCAGGCCCUGCAGCGCGUCGAGAGAGAAAAAGUGAUCCUUGCCAGUAAAAUUCAGGAUCUGCAGCAGGAUGCUUCUGAACACAGGCUGGUGCUUGAUGCUUUCGGAAAGGUAAAUGACGACCGCCGGUGCUACCGGAUGGUCGGAGGCGUUCUCGUCCAGCGAACAGUGGGAGAGGUCAGACCCGCUUUGGAGGAACAUAAGCAAAAGGUCGAUGCGACGCUGGAGCUGCUCGAGAAGAACUUUGAAAUUCUGCUUAAAACUCAUUCUAUGUACACGCGAAAAUAUCUUCAGCUCACCGGCCAAGCUGCACCAACGGCGGGCAAAGAGGGUCCUAGCGUGCCCAAGGGAGCCGACGGAAAAGAGAAAUCUGGUGGAAGCGCUGGAAUCCUUGUCUAG